UGCGCAUGCGUGAACCGGCUAGACGGGGAAAAAACAGAUGAAAAUGGCAUCGUCUAUGAGUGGGAUGUUUCCCGGUCAGCAGCCGCCUACUGCACAUCCCGUAGGGGGUCCUGGUGGACCAGGCCAGCCAAGCUUCCCCGGUACCGCUGCCAGGAGCCCGGGGAGCAACACGCUGGUGGAUGAACUGGAGGCUUCCUUCGAGGCAUGUUUUGCAUCUCUGGUGAGCCAAGACUAUGUUAAUGGGACCGACCAGGAGGAGAUUCGAACUGGUGUGGACCAGUGCAUACAAAAGUUCCUGGACGUGGCUCGACAGACAGAGUGCUUCUUCUUACAGAAACGACUUCAGUUAUCUGUGCAGAAACCAGAGCAGGUGGUGAAAGAGGAUGUGUCAGAGUUACGUAACGAGCUACAGAGGAAAGAAUUACUGGUUCAGAAGCAUUUAACCAAACUGCACCACUGGCAACAAGUUCUGGAGGAUGUGAGCGUUCAGCAUCGCAAACCUUCAGACCUUCCUCCUCCUGGACCGCUGGCCUUCUUGGAGCAGGCCUCGGCUAGUUUGCCCCCUGCCCCUUUAAAACCAAAUUAACACACUAAAGGUACAGUCACAUUAAUCUUCUGUUUAUAAA